AUGUCCAGUCAAGUAGACAGGUUGCCAUUGAUCACUGAGCUUUUGACUAAGACUGUUAGAAAAUGGUGCCAGGAGAACUUGGUGUUCAGCUCCAGGCUACAGAUCAAGGGUGUCAUCAACAUUCACAGAGAUAAGGAAUUGAUAGUGACAACUCUGGAUGAAGUCAUUAAUAAGGAGGAUGUUGAAGAAUCAGAGGCCCCACCAUCCUCUCCUUCAGGAGUUUUGUCCAGUCUUUCUUUUUCACAAGGACAUCUAGUGUUUAGCACAGACCAGCUUCAGAAAGUUUUCAGAGAUGCCUUGAACCAUGUUGUGCAUACUGACACCGCAGAGGAAGACUUUGAGAGUCCUCGAGACAAUACACCAGUUUCAUUCCAUGAUAAAAAAGACGAUGGCAGCAUGUGGGCAGACAUUUCAAAAACUCAUACAUCUUCAGAUCAGAAGUCCAUUAAAGGUCAAAGGUCAAGGUCAGUAAAAUCCCCUCCAUCAAAAGAUGGAAAAAUUGCCAAGAAACACCAGUGUGUUUUGUGUAGGAAACAGUUUAGGAAGAAGGCAACUUUGGAAAAGCACAUAAUCGUGGUGCAUAAGGGGUAUGGAGACAGUUGUGACGUAGGUGAGGAAUCAGAAAAGCUAACAUUGCGUGAAAUAAAUACACAAAGCAAGUGUCAUGGUGGAAAGGAGCAGGAGGUGACAAAGUGUGUAUGUGACACCUGUGCCGAAGCAUUUGCAUCACUAGCAGCAUUGAAGGUACACAUGAGGUGUCAUGAGACAGCAGGUAAAAUGGAGGCACCUCUACACUGUGCAGUUUGCAACAAAACAUUCGAGCAGGAUGCAGCGUUAUUGCAGCACCGGAGCAGUGGAGAGUGUAACCAAUCAGAGACGGCAAGUUUCAUGUGUAAUCUUUGCGGCCAAGAAUUCAAAACUCAGAAAACUUUAAAUGAACACAAACAAGGUAUGCAUGGGAGCCGUAGGUACAUCUGUCAGUGUGGCAAAGAGUUUCGAUGGAGAUCAAGCCUGAGGAGGCACAUACUUUUUUGUCCUUUCUUGAAGAUGCUGGCUGCUGGGGAGACCUCUUGUGGAGAUCUUGUGAGUAAUGAAGACGGUGUCACUGCAGGGAACCUGUUUUAG